AUGUCAGGUUUAUCUUCUGACAAUAUUCCGGCAUUGGGACCUGGCCAUCCUGACCAAUCCAAAACAUCACGCGAGACCUCUCCUGCGCGCAAUUCUCGCAGUGUCUCUAGCAUCCCUCAGCUCUCGCGAUCGCGCAAGGGAAGCCAGGAGUUCAGUCCGACACGAAACAGUGGUAUACCUGGAUCCUUAUCAACCGUGCCUUCAGCCGCUGCCGUUCAGCGAGCCUUGUCUGCCCAGAGACCUAUUUUACAACCUCCCAGUGUCGACUCGGUGCUCGAGGGCAGCCGCUCCUCUGAACGACAAAUGAGAUCAGGUCAAAAUCCGCCGUCAUGGCCCACGUCCCCCCGACUGAAGUCUCCUCCUCCUUCGAAGACUGGAACAAGGGCACCGCCAGCUAAGAGGAGUGAUUCAGAUCAGAUGCCGUCGAAUACUUCGCUGAAAAGACUGGCACCUGUCUCUCAUCCUGACACCGCCGCUACGAUGCAAGUUCCUGACACUCAUGAACAACCGGGCCCGCAUUCCAACUCAAGAAUAUCAGGCCGAGGCCCAAGCACUACCCUUGAGACGGUGGCAGAAAACAGCGUCCCCACGACUCCUGCAAUUGGACCGCUAUCGACUUCGCCGUUGGGGCAGAGGAUGGAUGUACCAUCCCUUGAUCAGCGCCUAGAGUCACGGCCUGAUCCAUCCACAGCCAAAGAUGGCGAAGGAAGUGGCGGCGACGGCCCCUCGAAAGGCACGGCCGGCAAAACAGAAAGUGGCCGGAGGUCAAGGGCUCCCAGUAGUUCCCGGCCAGCGUCGGACUUGGCAAAGCGCUCUUUCACCAGCCUUACGGGGACAAAGCCCAAACCCACUGGCGAGCCUCCCCGAACCAUGACUGUGGAGACGGAGACGGUUACUUCAAUGCCGCAAUUGCUGGGUCCAGACCGAGGUGCUUCAGGAAGAGAUGGGAAUGGGAGUGUAAGGACGAAACCUAGCAAUGAAACCAUUCGGCCUAAGAAGGAGAAGAAAAAAUCCCGCAAAGCUCCCUCGCUUCAUGCUGGCACGGUGACUUCCAAAGCUGACCUGUUCGAGGCUAAGGUCGCCAGCGCAGUGGACGAAGCUGAUUCCUCUGAUUCGGACGAGACUUUCGUCUAUGAGUCUAAUCCACCAGACAGCCGACCAGCCCGACAUCACUCUCGAACACCCAGUGCUACGUCCCUCGCCAGCCAAGAACAAUUUGGGAACCGCACCAAGCAUGGCGUUCGCAGCGGCAGUCAGGCAAUUACUGGAAAGAAGAGUAUGAAGUUUUCGAGCAGCACCUACAACAAUCACUUGGAUGGCGAGUCUGGACCCGAAGGUCGGGGAAGUCAACGCAACUCCAGUUCGACACCCCGUCAUCACCACAUCAGUCGACAUGGACGGCCUCACCACACCUCAAUCCUGGACACGGAGUCACCUUUCACUCAAGCAACCAAGACAAACCCGUCACGUUCGACGCCCAAUAAUCCGUCCCGAUUUUCGCGGCCCAACAGCCCUCGAACCUCCAACGGAAGGCUACCGGGCACUCUGCGCAAGGGAGAGCCAUUUGAUGCAUAUGAUGAUGCCGCCGCCGACGACGAGAGAGCACCCCUCCUUGGAUCGGUCCGGGUUAAUCGCACGAGACAUAGCCGCCGCCCGCACAGCACAAGCUUUCGGCAGCUCGAAUACAACGACGCCCAUGACCGCAGCUGGUGUGGCGGGUAUAGCGGUUGCAUUCUCCUUGGACUUGUUAUUCUUCUGAUCUGUGUGGGCGUUACCACGUUUGUGAUGGCCCUCAAUCGGCCGCUGAUGGACGUCUCUAUUAAACAUAUUCAAAAUGUGCUCGCAUCAGAGCAAGAGCUCAUGUUGGAUUUGCAUGUGCUGGCGCUCAACACGAAUCUUUUCCCUAUUACGGUGAAUGACCUGGAUGUUAAUUUGUUUGCUGAGAGCCCCUAUGUGGGAACCACAGCCGAUUGGGACGGGGCCGGCCAAAGAAGGGCCCUCCGAUGGGUCGACCGACGGAGUGCAAAUAGCCUGGAGUUCGACUGGCCGCCCUGGCAAUCUGACGAUGGCGUGGACGAGGGAACGGACCCGAUCGACGACCCUGAGCCAGGGACACAGAAGAUGUUGCUCGGAAGGGUACUCGUGUUCGAUUCGCCGUUAGUGUUUGAUGCCUCGCCACUCCGCCACAGCCACACCUCUUCUGUCGGUGAGAUUCGACUUGCGAGACCGGGCAACAAGACCGAGGUCGGGGGAUCGGCGCGCUGGGAGAGAGUGCUACAACACCCGUUUGAUCUUAUUGUUAGAGGCGUGAUCAAGUACCAGCUACCCCUGAGCUCCAGGACGAGAUCUGCCAAGAUUGGCAGCCGGGUCAAGGUGUUACCCAACGAUGAUAAAUCUGGAGACGAUCCCGAAGGAUCUCCGGCUGAACCAAAAGCGUAA